AAUCUAAAAAGUAGAAAAAGAAAAGUUAAAAAAGGAAACCUCGUUUUUUACUGACUCGAUGCCGUGUUUUUCCCCGCGUUGUUUUCGACACCACGUGUGAGGCCUGGUAAAUCGAGACUUCGCGGCCAUUCGCUUGUUCCGUGGGUCGUUGAAGGAGACUAUGUCGGAGUUUCGCUACUCGACCGACAAUUUCAAUGAACCGGAACCCAUAUCCAACAGACCAGCGACAAUAUGGGGAGUUGUUAUAUCGUGUCUGAUAGUCUCGUGGAUAUGCGUAAGCCUUCGACUUUAUGUUCGAUUAUUGAUAGUCCGGGCUCCGGGAUGGGAUGAUUUAUGUGUUCUGCUCUAUUUGCUUAUGGUCACUGCUGGAUCGAUAGCAGUAUGUGUCGGCGUCACGACUGGCCUUGGCAAGCAUUUUUUGCUACUUCAACCCUGGCAAGCUAAGGGUUUCCUGAAGACCUUUUACAUCGGAAACGCCACCUACGUAACUGCGACGGCACUAAUAAAAGAGGCGCUUCUGCUUCAGUAUCUUCGGGUCUUCGAACGGGGAAUCUUCGUUCGCCGGUUUCUAAUUAUUCUAAUCAUAUUCACCGCCCUCUGGGGAGUGGCGUUUUCUUUCCUUGCCUGGGUACCAUGCGUACCUGUAUACACUUUCUGGGAUGACGGAGGUGGUCCAAAUUGUUUCGGCUACGGCUCAUCGUACGCGGCCCCUUUCAUCGCCACUUUCCAGAGCCACGCCGCCAUAAACAUGUUACUCGACACUCUGGUGCUCAUCAUCCCGCUUCCGCUCUUCUUCAGAGACGGCGCGACAGCGUGUACUCGCAUACGGCUCGUUGGCUUGCUCUCUAUGGGUAUAUUCGUUCUCGUUUUUGCGACCUGGCGGCUGGUAACGAUUAUUGAACACCAAGUCGCUACAUGGCCUACUCGGGAUCCCACAUGGUACGGGCCUAUCAGUAUCGUUUUGGCCGUUCUUGAAGUAGAUGCAGCAUCAAUAUGUGCUAGUGUUCCGAUAUUCUGGCCGGUACUGCGAAAGAUGGAGUGGGGUAAAAUAUUCGUGACGCAAGAGGUUAACAUCACGCGAGAAACGCGGUAUAUGGAUGAUGAUGAGGACCGACUGACGCGAGAUACGACCCAUAGUAGAACCGGUAGCGAGGCGGACUUAGGGGGCGACGGCGGAAGAACAGGUAUGAGGAAUAAGGGGAUGUAUUACCAGGAUUCGUACGUCUUGAGCCAGGUCGAUCCGUUACACACAUCAGGCGACCGUGUACACGCGACUGUACGCAGCGAUGGGGUGAAGGGUAGUUCAAAAACAUGGAUAAAAAUAUAAGAGAAGGCAUAAAAUUGAAUUUAAAACCAUUAACUCCUAUGUCUUCCCCAUUUGCCGAUAACCUGGAUCUAUCUUUAGCAAC